AUGCGGUAUCUUACCGCUGACGACUUCCGUGUUUUACAAGCGGUCGAACUCGGCUCAAGAAACCAUGAGCUUGUUCCCACGCAAAUUAUUCACUCUGUUGGUGGCCUCAAAGCGCCUUCAGCGACAAAUAGAUCGCUUGGUAAUCUCGCUAAGCUCAAGUUGGUUGCUCGAUUGAGAAAUGCUAAAUAUGAUGGCUGGAGACUCAUGCACACUGGGUUUGACUACUUGGCUCUUAAAACCAUGUUGAACAGAAACACCAUAUACUCCGUGGGCACAACCAUUGGGGUGGGAAAAGAGUCUGAUAUCUAUUCUGUGAGUGAUCCUGAUGGUGUGCAAAAAGUUUUGAAGAUACAUCGCUUAGGUCGAACGUCUUUUAAGACGGUGAAAAACAACCGAGACUACUUGAAGAACAGAAACACCUCGAAUUGGAUGUAUUUGAGUAGACUUGCUGCUGAGAAGGAGUACGAGUUUAUGACGAUUCUUCACAACAAUGGGUUCAUCGUGCCUACUCCAUAUGACUACCUGCGUCAUUGUGUGUUGAUGGAGUGGAUUCAGGGCUACCCUAUGAAGCACAUGAAGAAGUAUCCAACAUACAAGAAACUUUACUCUGAAUUGAUGAAAUUCAUAGUGAAAUUAGCCAACCAUGGUCUCAUUCAUUGUGAUUUCAAUGAGUUUAAUAUCAUCAUCAGGAGCGAACCGCGAAACGGGUACGAUUUUGUUGUCAUCGAUUUUCCCCAGUGUGUCUCCAUUGAUCACCCAGAUGCAAAGUUUUAUUUCGACAGAGACGUUGAGGGUAUACGAGCAUUCUUUGAGCGCAAAUUUGCGUAUUCUCCUGGCCACGAUCCUACUAUGUUCGACACUGAAGGUUACGGAGAGGGCUACAGAUAUGGAUACCCCAACUUUAAGAGAGAUGUUAAGAGGGAAGCUGACUUGGAUGCUCAAGUCAAGGCUUCUGGCUGGAGUUCAAACAAAAAUAAAGAGAGCAGAGACUUGGAGAAUGCUGUUCAAGGGAUGAGAGGUUUAAGCUUGAACGAAGAACGUGAUGACGACGAGGAUGACAGAUCGGAAGUUGAAGAGUACGAUGAGGAAGACGAAGAUGAUGACGAGGAUGAUUACGAUGACGAAGAUAUCCCUGACGAAAGCGAAGAGGAGACGAACGAAGAUAACGAGAAGAUCAUCAAAGCUAUAUCGGAGGGCAACAAAAACCUCAAGAUAGACAAGUUAGGAAACUAUAUACUAGAAGAGUGA